CGGCGCUGGAUUGGCGCUGCCUGCCCGCCGCCCCGGAAGGCGCUGCGCUCGAACGGGGCCGAGCGGCUCCGCCAGGCUCUCCCCGCUGCAUCAGGAGGUGCUGCCUCGGUGACCAAAACUGUGAGGAAGGAUCGAGGAUGGGGCGGCGCUCCUCGGACACGGAGGAGGAGAGCAGGAGCAGGAGGAAGAAGAAGCACCGGCGGCGCUCCUCCUCCAGCAGCUCCUCGGACAGCCGCAGCUACAGCCGCAAGAAGUCGGGGAGGAAAUCCAGGUCCAGGUCACGUUCCAGGGAUCUGCAGUCCUGGUCCCAUUCCUAUGAGAAAAGGCGCAGACACAGAUCCAGCAGCAGCUCUUCCUACGGCUCCAGGAGGAAGCGCAGCCGCUCCAGGGGCAGAGGCAAAUCCUACAGGUCCCAAAGGUCCAGGUCCAAGAGCAGAACCAGGAGGUCCCGGCAGCGCUCCUACAGCCACAGCAGCGAGAGGUCCGGCCACAGGAGAACCCCCAGCGGGUCCCGGGAGCGCCGCCGGAGGGACAAGGACAAAGCCAAGGACAAGGGCAAAGGGAAGGAGAAGGAGAUUUAUGGCACCAAGGUCGGGGACUCUGCAAACAUCAAAGCUGGAUUAGAACAUCUGACCCCUGCAGAACAGGCCAAGACCAGGCUGCAGCUGGUGCUGGAGGCAGCUGCUAAAGCAGACGAAGCACUGAAGGCCAAGGAGAGAAGUGAAGAAGAAGCCAAGAGAAGGAAGGAGGAAGAGCAGAGCUCCCUCCUGGAGCAGGUGAAGCGCGUGAAGGAGAUCGAGGCCAUCGAGAGCGACGCCUUCGUGCCCCAGAGCUUCAGGUCCAGCAAAGAGGUCAAAAAGUCAGCAGAGCCUCCUGAGCUGCAGCAGGAGCCUGGCAAUGUGGGAGCAGGGAACCCUGAGGCAGCUGCUGAGAAGGAGCCCCCAGCUGCCAACAUCCCCACUGCCAUCAAAUACCAGGAUGACAAUUCCUUAGCACACCCAAAUCUGUUCCUGGAGAAGGCAGAGGCAGAGGAGAGGUGGUUCCAGAGGUUGGUGGCUCUGCGGCAGGAGCGGCUGAUGGGGAGCCCCGUGGCCUGAGCCCCAGGAGCCCCCAGGAGCCCCCAGGAGCCCCAGGAGCCCCCAGGAGCAUCCCACAGGCAAUUCCUGCACUCUGCUUGUCUCCUGGAGGAGACUGGGAUGGGCUGUGCAGGCAGGGAGGAUUUCACCUGGAUAACCAGGGGUGUUUUAUCUUGUUCCACCUGGAUAACCAGGAAUGUUCUGUCCUGUUCCACCUGCAUAACAAGGAAUGUCCUGUUCUGGUUCUCUUAGAUAACCAGGGAAGUCCUGUCCUGUUCCACCUGAAUAACCAGGAAUGUUCUAUCCUGUUCCACCUGGAUAACCAGGGGUGUUCUGUCCUGUUCCACCUGAAUAACCAGGGGUGUUCUGUCCUGCUUCACAACUCCUGUGUCCAUUCCUGGAUAACCAGGGGUGUUCUGUCCUGUUCCACCUGCAUAACCAGGGAUGUUUUAUCCUGUUCUACCUGCAGAACCAGGAAUGUCCUGUCCUGUUCCACCUGAAUAACCAGGAGUGUUUUAUCCUGUUCCACCUGGAUAACCAGGAAUAUUCUGGCCUGGUUCCCCUGAAUAACCAGCAGUGUUCUGUCCUGUUCCCCUGGAUAACCAGGGAUGUUCUGUCCUGCUUCUCAACCAGGGAUGUUCUGUUCUGGUUCUCCUGAAUAACCAGGGAUGUUCUGUCUUGUUCCAUCAUUCCUGUGUGCAUUCCUGGAUAACCAGAGAUGUUCUGUCCUAGUUCUCCUGAAUAACCAGGAAUAUUCUAUCCUGUUCCCCUGGAUAACCAAGAAGUUCUGUCCUGGUUCCCCUGAAUAACCAGGGAUGUUCUGUUCUGGUUCUCUUGGAUAACCAGGGAAGUUCUGGCCUGCUUCACAACCAGGAAUGUUCUAUCCUGUGUCCAUUCCUGGAUAACCAGGGGUGUCCUGUCCUGUCCUGUUCCACCUGGAUAAUCUGUUCUACCAUUUCUGUGUCCAUUCCUGGAUAACCAGGGAUUUUCUAUCCUGAUUCCCCUAAAUAACCAGGAAUGUUCUGGCCUGUUCCACCUGAAUAGUCAGGAUUAUUCUAUCCUGUUCCACCUGGAUAACCAGGAAUGUUCUGGCCUGUUCCACCACUCCUGUGUCCAUUCCUGGAUAACCAGGGGUGUUCUGUCCUGGCUCAGUGCUGCAGAUGGGCAGGGCAGCACAGCCAGGAGGGAAUUCUUUUUUUUUUUUUGGAGGGAAUUCCUCAGGUGCAGAACAGCUGGCAGCCCAUGAAACAUCAUUUAAUCCCAAACAUUGUCUGGAGCCAGGUGGGAAAGUGAGGCUGGGACAGCCAGGGGGGUGGUGCCAUCCUCACUCUGGGGGGAAAAUGCUCCACUUCCCUUGAGCACCUGCCAGUGCUGCAGCUCCCAAAGGGGAAUUUUAUCAAUCCCAUCAUUUCUGAAAUUACCAAAUUCUGGGAUUCUCACCCCCCUGGCUCUGGGCUGGGGCUGUUCCCAGCCCAUGGAUCUCCCUGUGCUCAGCUGGGAGUUUUAAAUAAUGAAAGUUUAGUCUGAACUUCUGAAUUUAGCCUGGAGAAACUUGCACAGAAAUCUGCCCAUCAUCCAUCUAAGUGCAGGACAUCAGCCAAAUCAAUAAAAUAAAAUACAGAAUUAUUUCUGCAGCAAAUUGGGGGGAAAUUAUCAAUCAGGAGAGGAGAAAACUGAGCCCCAGCUCUGGAUGUGCCCCCCUGGAGCUCCCCUGCAGCAGCAUCCCCUUGGGAGGCUGAUUUGGGAUUAUUCUCCUGGUUCUCAGCUCUGUGGUGAUAAAAACUGGACUCUGGAAAUGGA